UAAGAUUAAUUAAAUUAUUUCACCAGGUGUCUUCUUCACGAUGGUUGCUGCAGUGCCUCAGAGGCGUAGGCCUAAUUUAACGUGGAUAUUUUCAGUCCUUGCUAUAGUCACAGCAUCGGUGCUAGUCGGGAGUUUGAUAUGGUUUUUCAUGCCAUCGGAUAUCAUUCCAGGACAUGUCAACCACGAUGUAGAUACUGUGGCCGAAGGUUACAUGGCGAUGGAUGAUGACGAUCGCGUAUAUCGUAAGGACGGUGCUAUAUGCAAUAAGUGCAGCGGCAUGUCCACUGCCUGCAGUUGCGACAGUCUGUCGUUUAAAGGUGUCACCUCAGUCCUCCCCCUGGUAGUUUCAAACAUGGGCUCGGCAGCGGAUUUCACCCAGAAGCACUGCCUAGACCUCAUAGCCGAUAAAAUCGAGCAGAGUAACAACUUCAUUGAAGUUAUGAAAAUAUCAUCCAACCAUGUAUUCAUGAAGCCUAAGCACCCCGAUCAUUUGUUUUGCAGCAUAUACCUUGACAAGGGCAUGCGUACAGUAUUAUCUGACCUUACAGUCGUGCGCACGUCCGUUUUAUUGCAGACUGUCAACAAGGGCAAGAUAGUGAGCAUAUACACCACCAACAGUGCUGGUGAAGAGACCAUGACCCAAUUGUUCAAGAGGGCUGGAUCCGAUAGGUACUGCGUCCAUGACGACUACUGGCAGCUGAUGGGCCAGACACUGCCAUUCGAGCCCCUUAAUAUACGGCUAUAAGUGCUAGUUCAAGCUCUUAAGGUGAAUGUA